AUGGCCAUUGAGUUCGAGGUUGCGGUCGCUCUCAGUGUGAAAGCACUCGAGGCUUUGGGCAAACUCCAGUGGUCCCCUGGCCAUACAGGACGCUUCAGUACAAGCGACAGGGACGGGAAUCCCUCAGCGCUCCCGGCUCCCCCGUUCACCUCAGGAGCAUUGGAAACGGCGCUUGGAUUGUUUUCGAAACGCGAGCAGCAAGGCCUCAUGGGCACGAUAGCCAUCACUCAGGGGCUCAGCUCCGUUGAGUUGAUGAUGCUAGGUCGUCAACUUGAAAGCCCAGAUGCUACCGAAUCCCCCUGA